GUUAGACUUUCUUUAAUCGCCUCUCUUCGUUCCAAUCACAAUUAAACCCAAAACUCGAACGACGGCGACCGGAAAGUCUCACUCACGCCGAUCGGCGCUCAGCUCCGGCGACUUCACAUCUCUUAUUUCAACGGUUUUAUUGUGUUUACUUAGUUGCUCCAUUCUGCUCCUUUUUUUGGGCUAAUCUUAUAGUCAGUGUUGUCUUUUGCUGCACGGGAGUGGUAAAUACACAUUAUAGACUCAGACAGUUGCUUGUGUUAUUAUGUUUUAGUGUUGAGAAUUACAAGGAAUAUAAUGGAAUCUGCGUCUGAUGAAGUGCCAGCUACGCAUCCUUCUAAAGCUCCUGAAGUACCCACUCAAUCUGCGGUAGAUGCAGAUAAUACUGUAGGAUCCGAACCAUCUAAGCUCUCCACUUCUGGCUUAUCCACAUGGGCCAAAAGUUUGAAAAUUCCUGAUUUGUCUGGUAAGCAAGAUAGUGCAGCUGAGAAGUCACCUUUUGCUCGUUUCACUAGCGGACUUGGAUUGCGGUUGUCACCAAAAGCUCCUCAGACAAAUGAUAAUUCUGAAGGAACUUCACCAUCUGCACAAUCCAAUUUUAUUGGAACACUGACUAAAGGAUUAGUUGACUCGUCUAAGAGUGCAGUCAAGGCUGUACAGGUCAAGGCUCGGCAUGUUGUAUCCCAAAAUAAACGAAGAUACCAGGAAGGAGGAUUUGAUUUGGAUAUGACAUAUAUUACGGAGAACAUCAUUGCUAUGGGGUUCCCUGCUGGGGAUAUGAGCUCUGGUUUUUUUGGAUAUGUUGAGGGAUUUUACAGAAAUCAUAUGGAAGAAGUGAUUAAGUUCUUUGAAACCCAUCACAAGGAUAAAUACAAGGUGUACAAUCUUUGUUCUGAGAGGCUGUAUGAUGCAUCCCUGUUUGAAGGAAAGGUUGCUAGCUUUCCAUUUGAUGAUCAUAACUGCCCUCCUAUCCAACUUAUAAUAUCAUUUUGUAAAAGUGCCUACUCUUGGCUUAAGGAGGAUAUUGAAAAUGUUGUAGUAGUGCACUGUAAAGCUGGAAUGGCCAGAACUGGUUUAAUGAUUUCUAGUCUGCUUUUGUAUCUGAAGUUCUUUCCUACAGCAGAGGAGUCUAUUGACUAUUAUAACCAGAAAAGAUGUUUCGACUCAAAGGGCCUUGUUCUUCCUAGUCAGAUCAGGUAUGUGAAAUAUUUCGAACGAAUCUUGACAUACUUCAAUGGAGAAGAUCAGCCUGGUCGUAGGUGUAUGCUUAGGGGUUUCCGCAUUCACAGGUGCCCUUAUUGGAUUAGGCCCUCCAUUACCGUCUCCAAUCAUAAUGGUGUUCUAUUUUCUACCAAAAAACAUCCAAGAACCAAAGAUCUUUCGCCUGAAGAUUAUUGGUUUAGUGCCCCAAAAAAAGGGGUUAUGGUCUUUGCUUUGCCAGGGGAGCCUGGACUGACAGAAUUGGCAGGAGAUUUCAAAAUUCAUUUUCAUGAUGGUCAAGGAGACUUCUACUGCUGGUUAAACACAACAAUGAUUGAAAACAGAAAAGUUCUCACCACAAAUGAUCUUGAUGGGUUUGACAAGAGAAAACUGCCAUCGCCAGGUUUUCAAUUAGAGGUUGUACUGGUGGAUUACAAUGGUGCUACUCCAAAUGUUCCGGUGGGGGCUCAGACAGAGACAGAAACUUCUGCCAACGGCCUUGCUGGAAGGCAAGGUACAGAUCAUGCAUCUACUGAUGGAGCCAUUGGCGCAACUGCAGCGCCACAGCUGGCCAAAGACUCUGGAAGCAGUGAGAAGGAUGAUGAUGUGUUCUCUGACAAUGAGGCCGAGGGAGCUAAUUCUUCAAAAACCAGACAGGCCAGAGUAGCUUCCGAGGCUGCCACAACUGAUACUAACACUAAAUCUGGUUCUCACGCACAUACCAAAUCAGACCAGGUCUCCAGUUUGUCUAAUGAUACUGAGAAACUAUCACUGGGGAAGACUGAUACUAACGAGUCAAAGAAGGCUGCUGAUGGAGCUGUGUCUGGCCUCGGAACGUCCAUCCCGGUUGGAGAGGUAAGUGAGUUUAAGGCUAUGGCAGCUGAUGCUUCUGUUUUCACAUUUGGCGAUGAAGAUGAUUAUGGAAGUGAUUAAACUUGGGUGAACCCUAAAAAUAAUCUGCAAUACAGAAGUGACUGUACAUAAGUGGCUUGUGAAGAUGAAAUGGAGUUUUUCAGUUCAUUUUAUUAAUUUCUUUUUAUAUAGUCCUAGCCUUGGGGCUGUUUCUUUGCUGUUAUAUAAUCAAAUGGCAGCUGGACGUGGAUGUGGAAGCUAUAAAGCCAUUAUCUUCAUACAGCAAAGAUAUUGUAACUUAUUUUCAGUUUCUUUCUCAAGAAAAAAUUUCAGCAAUCUUGUGAUAUAA